AUGCCGAACAAAGCUAAAAAACUGAACUUAGAUCCACAAGAAUGUCGAAUAUGCGGUGUUCCUGCUGUAUAUUCUCAUUUUGGUGUUAUAUCAUGUCAACCAUGCAAAAUGUUCUUUAAACGAAAUGCUAAUAUUGGACAGGCAGCAUUUAUAUGUAAAUUUGGUGGUGAAUGUGAAAUAAAUGAAAAUACUCGUCAUAUAUGUUCAUCAUGUCGACUUGAUAAAUGUUUUAAAUGUGGAAUGACUAUUGAUAAAUUUCAAGGAUCAAGACAGACUAAACCAAAAAAAAAUGCUUUAGUUAAAGUACAAAUACAACCGGGCUCCGCGGAAGUGGGGGAAAAAAAAACAAAUAUUGAUUUAAUGUUAAUUGCUGGUCAAAGAGAAGUUGAUCAAAAACGAGAACCACUUUUAAAAUUAAAUGAAAAAAUCAUUAUUACGUUACUUGAUGUUGUACGAUUUCUUUCACGACAAUCAUUAUCAUUUCAAGGAUAUGGAAAUUCUGAAGGCAAUUUCGUUGCGACCAUCAACCUGUUGCGUCGUCGUGAUCCAGUACUUGAUCAAUGGUUGAAAGAAUCCAGUUUACGUCUCUUUCAUGUGACUUAUCUUCAUCAUGAUUCACAAAACGAACAUAUCACAUUAUUAAGUAGAGUUGUCAUCAAGUAA